CUGCAUGGAUUCUAGCCACUGAUGUGCGCUUUGCUGCAGUCGUCGCGCUGGCUCCCGAUCUCACUGAUAGAUCAAUCGAUCGUGUGGCGUGGCUCACCUACCUCUACGCGCCCAUGUCACUGCAUGACCACCAGGCCUGGAUCCACAUCCUACAUGUACAUGUAUAUGUACGCGUGUGUGGUACACUGGUACACUGUAGUCGCUUCGGCUGGAAAAACUGGAGUGGACGCUGGCAUGACUGGACAAAAUUGUACUAGAGUUUUUAACUUUUAACCCUUUGUUCGUCAUGGAUGAUCCAGAUAUUUCAGUGUCCUUGGUCAAGAUCGAUUCUACAACACAGGGAGUCAAAAGUGCUGAGUCAGAAAUUGCCAACAAUGACCUUGUUGAUGGGAAUUUGUUGGGAGGCUCAAAAGAAUGUCACAUGCUGUGGGACUCGUUACGGAAACAGGGACAGCUGUUCAAAGUCCUGGACACCUUGACGGCGAAGACAGCUCGGCUCAUUGGCCGAGUUCAAAAUCAAACUGCAACAGAGGCAGAUAGUGCCACGGUCGUUGAGCUUCUGCUGCAACUGGGCAUCAUGUUUGUGGACAUGGAAACUAAGGAGGAUGGGUCCAAGGAGAAGAGAUUCACCUUUGUGACGGAUGUUGAGUCAACGCUAACACGGCAAGCCUUCUCAGCGUCUCAGUCUAUGACAAAGGCAGCACCCCCUCAGCCGGUUCCACCCCUGCAUUUGAGCUCCGUGGAGACGGGCAGCGACAGCGACGAAGACCAUGCUGACACCUUUGAGCCCAAUGAAAUGACAGACGACAUUGUGGAAGACGUCCCCGCCGAGCCUCCAUCCUACGUCUGCGAGUGGUGCAAGGCGGAUCAGGGCACCCCGGUCAUGCUGGACCUGCACCUCCUGCAGCACUGCCCGGUUCUGACGCGGUACCGGGAUGAGAACCUGCCCUGCCCAAGCUGUGGGAAAAGUUUCCGCCAGCUCCUCCGGCUGCAGAACCAUUUGUUUAUCGAGCACGGCAUGGAGACUGCGGAGGCCGUGACAAUCAUGCACGAGCUGAACAUCAAAUAUUCCAAGCAGCAGAAAGAGGACGAAAAGGAGAACGAAGAGGGAGAGGCACUGUCCGCAGAGGAAAGCGAUAACUCUACAGGAUCGGACGCAACUGAUGCACCUCCUAGGGUUUGCAUUAGGUGCGAAGUGUGUCGGGGUAAAUUCAAGACUCGUAUAGCUUUGCGAUCUCAUCUGAUGGAAGUACACAAGUUCUCCCGACAGAAAGCUGCCAGCAGCGUGUACGCGUCAGUUAGGUGUGCGGAGGUACCAUCCCCCACCAAGGCAGACUCUCAUGUACCCAAGAAAUCCCCAAAGCAACCUGGCUAUUUACUUGCCUGCGUUAAGUGCACAGUGAGCUAUAAGGAUCGCGCACAGUUGGUGAAACAUUUGAAGUCAGCUCACUUUAUGUCACAAAACAGGGCACAGAAGGAAGCUAAUAAAAAAUACAAGGAAUUGAACGCGACAUUUGCUUGCGAUUUGUGCCUCAAAAGAUACUGCAACCGCUACGUGUUUACCCGGCAUUUAAUUGAGAGCCAUCAGUUUUCUAAAAAUCAGGCACGUCUGAAAUCGGCACAGAUGUAUCCGCACGAUAAGAAGAGACGCACAACAGGAGCAACAGCAACUCCUGCGGCAAGAUCAAGAAAACUCAAGGAACUGCAGUUAAAAUCCAAGGAUGAAGACUCAGAUAUUGAAGAAGGAGCUUCAGAGAAACAGCCACGACGUUCUCUCCGAACUGCCCGCAAAAGAGGAAGGAAGGGAAGAACACCAAAGUGCAUAUCCAGGAAGCUGGCUGAAGAAGAGGCGGAAGAGAUGAGUGAAGAUGUACAAGAAAACCAUGGCAACAGAGAGAGUGAUGAUGAGGUCAUCCCAGAAAAAGAGAGCAGUGUCAGUAACUCAGGAGGGAAGACAGAUGGAGCAGAUGAAGACUUUGAGCUUGAGGAGAAGAGAGCACAUUUUAAAAAACAAACCAGGAAAAAAGCACGCCGGAGUUCGGGCAGCAUAUCUGAUGAUGAAGACUAUGUUCCAUCAAAUUCAGAAUCCGAGGAGAAUGUAAAGAAAUUUAAGUGGGGGCAUUCUGAAAAAGCAAAGGCAAAAGUGGAGCCAACAUCAGCCCCACCAUCUGAAAGCAAUGUGAAGGACAGUGAAAAACCGGAGGAAAACCCUGACGACGACGGCUCAAAUCGAUCAGAAAAACUUCCCAAGAAACGGUCGGGAAGAGGUCGCAGAGCUAAUGUCCAGGGCAAGCACAAGUGCCCCCACUGCGAUAAAAGUUUCCUUCACCUGAGCUACGCCAAGUUGCACAUUUCCACGAUCCACAAAGAGAAACCGGCAUAUCAGUGCAGCACCUGCCAGAAACCGUUCUACUUCAAGACCACCUUCCUAAGGCACCUGAACUGCCACAAGAACGAAGAGAUGGGGAUAAACUUUGACUGUGAAGUCUGCGGCAAACGCUUCCUGGACAAGAACGCCCUGAACUCACACAAGAGGACCCACUCCAAAGACAACCCUUUCAAGUGUGAAUUUUGCGACAAGAGUUUCUUCCACCAGUCGCUGUUGCUGCGCCACCGCAACAUGCACACCAAGGAGACCGAGUACAAGUGCCCGCACUGCGACAGGGUGUUCUACCGGAAAGGCGGGCUGACGUAUCACAUUGCGUCCAUUCAUGACAAGAAGCGGGACCACGUCUGCGGGCAGUGCGGCCAGGGCUUCCCUUGCAAGAGUGCCUUGCUGGCCCACGAGCACAGCCACAGCACGGCCCGGACUUUCCAGUGCGAUAUAUGCGGGACCAGGGUCAAGACCAAGGGUAACUUGAAGGAGCACAUGAUAUGCGUCCACACGGACAAGCGGGCAUACAAGUGCGAAAUAUGCCAGAAGACGUUCAACCGCAGCCACCGCCUGACCUUGCAUAUGAUGAUGCACCGGGACGAGAGGCCGCACAAGUGCCAUUUGUGUGAGAAGGGUUUUCGCACCCGCACCAACCUCCGAGUCCACAUCAAGUGGCAUCAGGACCAGCGUGACUUCCAGUGCGAGCAGUGCGGCAAGACCUUCCUGAUUCCUGGGAACCUGGACCGGCACAUGAAGACACACCGGAACGGCAAAAGCUACCGGAGGAAAGCCUCCAGAAAGACUGCCCCCGAAGCUGGCCUGCCGAGCGCAGACCAAACACAACUGACCACCCACAUGGAGGCUCAGGCUUGUACCACAGUCGACAAUCAAUUCCAGACAGUCCAAAGUCUCGUUUCAGGAGAGGGAUUUGAGUCGGACCUCCCAACGCUGGCUUCCAUAGCUCAACACCUGUCCACCAUGAACAUACCGGUCUUUCAGGCAACCAGCAGCACGACGCAAGCUACCAUACCGGUGUCAAUAAACCGCGCUGAAAACACCUGCACCCUUCUGCCGGGCUCAGUCAUGUCGGGGGAGGCCUCAGCUGCUCUGGCAGCAUUCAGCCACGCUCAGCAACAGCUGCAGGGGACAGGCACAGACCCGCCAGUUGUCAGUCAGGCAGUGCAAGGCAGCUACGAGCAUAUGGAAUUGACCAUGUAAAGUGAUUCCUGCCUUUCACAGAGGCCAAGUGUAUAAAUCAAUGAACUUCUGGAAAGUUGUUAAAACUAAAAAUCUUAAAAUUUCAAAAUAAGUGAAUUCUUGAUGAAUUGCCUACAUUGUAUAUAUAUGUACAUGCAAAGAUUGGAAAGAAAAUCACAGCCACUUCCCCUAGACAGGUGUACAAUAUUUUACUCUUAGCCACAGCCAUUUGAUUCAGUUGUGGCUGUGGCUGUAGCAUAAAUCAUUCCAUUGUAAUUUUAAUGACGGUCACUGACAAGUUUGAAUAUUGCAGGGGGAGGGAAGACUGAAAUAAAGAUCUGAAGUUUGUUUUCCAGAUGUCCACUUUUCCCAGA